GCGACCAUGUAAUGUGACAGGUAAACUAGAGCGCCAGCUCCUCCCGUUCUGUCCUAUUACACGUGUAUUCUUUCUGGCUCUACAUUUUAUCCAGUAGCUGUUAUAAUGCCCUGGAUGAAGAUAUAAAUGGCUGAACAUCCAGAGUUUCUGUUUUCAUCAUGUCACAGACCAAGACUCCUGAAAAGAAACGGUCCCGUCUAUCUUUAUCCAAAAGUAGAAAAGGCUUGGCUUUAAAAGUCACUUCAUUGCCCUUAAAAUCUCCAGCAUCUCCAUCGAUUGCUGCACUCUUUAAGAAUGCACCACCACCAAAAGUUUCCUGUCCCCUCUGUGGGCAGAUGGUGCCAAGGUUUGGCUUAAACAAUCAUAUUGAUGAGACAUGUCCCAAAGCAAAGGAGGAGAAUGAUGAUGUUAUACUAGUGGGUGACAUAAAACCAAAGCUGGCCAUCUCUACAUGUACAAGUCCUCAAUUGCCAUUAAAUCCUAAGACCUCAAUAACCAAAACUAAAGUUGAAACAGAUCCAGCUAUCCCGGUCCAAGUAAAUAAUGAACAAGCUAGUUCCUACUUUGGUACACAUGUCUCUGUGAGAAAACCCCCUAAAGAUGUAGAGGUAGUGACAACUGUGCCACUGGGAAGUCUUUCAUCCAAACUCUCCAGAAGGUAUCAGUUGCGUAAAGCUAAGCAAGAUGCAGAUGGAGACAUGUUACAUGGUAGUGUAGACUCUAAUGACUGCAAUGAAACCUCCACAAAUGAGACCUCGAUCCCACAAGUUCAAGAAGAUACACGCGGUUCUGAAAAAGCGACUGCAUCCUCAAGUCCUGACAGUAUGAAGAACACUCAUGAAAUGAAUAAUAAGCAGAAAUGCAAUGAGACAACUGGAGGUUGGGUUGAAUGUCCAUCUUCCAGUGCUCAAGUUGUGUCUUCCGAGCAGCUGGAUUGUGUAACAGAUGAGAAAAUUGACCCUUUAAAACGUAAGCGUGGGGAUGAUUUCAAAAACAAGUCUAAAAAGAGGAAAGGCAGCAAUUCUUUGGAAACCAAGACGGAUCUUAAUGAUAAGAACCAGGGAUGUGGUGAUCAUCCCGGUGUCUCAUCUAUGGAGGACAACAAUGACAUUCUUCCUGUGGAAGAUCUUGGUGUACUUGAGGAAUUUCUUAAACCUUUCAAUGAGACAGAGAGUAAUGUUGAAGCAGGUGAUGGUGGUGUAAAGGAGCCUGUUUCUGACCCUAGUAUACAUCCCUACUACUUGAGGAACUUUCUAAUGGUGCUGCAAACAGUAAUGGAGAAUGAGGAAGACAUGAGUCUGUUCAGUGAAGAGGAUACUCGUGCUUUAACAACGUUUUGUCAGCUGUCAGCCGGAGGACAAAAGCUGUAUGUUCGGCUCUUCCAACGGAAGCUAAACUGGAUAAAAGUCAGCAAGAUAGAAUACACUGAAAUUGGCUCCGAUUUGACUCCCUUUAUAGAAGAGCUGAGUCAGCAUGGUUUUCUACAGACAGAUAGUGACUUGGAGGAGCUUUCUGAAGCGCUUGAUCUUCUAUCUGCGCCGGAGCUAAAAAACUUGGCCAAGACAUUCCACUUGGCGAAUCCCAACGUGCAAAAGCACCAGCUUGUUGAAGAGUUUCUUAGGCUUUCCAGGCAACGUUCAAUCUUUAGCAAGAACCAGUCUAGUGUUGGCGCUGCCAUUCUUAGGAAAGCAAAAGAUUCCACUGGGAGAGCUGUUCGGGUCUGCAAAGGUCCCAGGGCUGUAUUUUCUAGAGUUCUUCUCUUGUUCUCUUUGACGGAGUCAACGGAGGUAGAAGAAGCCGCUAGUGGAGGACAGACCUUGCUCUCCACUGUUCUCAUGGUUAAUAUGGGGAGAAUGACAUUCCCACAUUACACGGUGCAAAGGAGCACUAGGAUAUUCCAGGACAGAGAAGAUCUCAUAAGUUACGAAUGUGCAAUGCACAAGCUGGUAGAUAUCGUUGUCACUAUGACCAAUGGGAACUGGAAAGAAGCACAUUUGAUGUUUCAACGGGCCCAAGAGGACUGGGAUCAGCUGAAGAACGAGCCAAAAUUGAGGUAUCACACAGAGCUCCCAUUGUACCUGCGCUGUUUUACGGUGGGCUGGCUUUAUACAAGGAUCCUGUCACGCGGAGUAGAAAUCCUGCAGAGACUACAUCAAUAUGAGGAAGCUGUUCAGUUACUACAAAUACUUUUGUCCCAAAAUAUGUACUGCCCAGACAGCAGAGGGCGCUGGUGGGAUCGACUUGCACUGAAUUUGCAUCAGCAUUUGAAGCUCACACAGAAAGCAGUCACUGUUAUUUUGGAGGGCUUGUCAGAUCCCUAUGUACGAACAGGUCAUAAGCUGUCCCUGUACCAGCGAGCAGUGAAAAUAAGAGACUCGCCAAGCUGCAAGAAGUUCCGCAGUAUGUUCAAUGAACUUCCCGAGAUCAAUGUGGAUGAUGUCCCACAUGUCACCAUCAAGGGCAAGAUGUAUCCUCAAACUGGAAUGGGAAAAUCGGUGUUUCUGAUGGAGAACUUGGCGGAGGAGGAUGGAGAGGAAAUCACUCUUUCCACUGUCAUGUGUUCAGUUGAAGAGCUGGCGUUGGCACAUUAUAGAGAGCUUGGCUUUGACCAAGGAAUUCAUGGGGAAGGAUCCACAUUCAGUACUUUGUAUGGCUUGUUCAUGUGGGAUAUAGUCUUUAUGGAGGGUGUCCCCGACGUCUUCAGAAAUGCCUAUCAGGCAUUUCCCCUGGAUCUGUACACAGACAGUUUUUAUGAGAAUAGAAAGGAUGCCAUAGAAAGUCGUCUCCAGCUGCUCCAGGACUCGCCUACUGAGAUUCUGCAUGACAUGAUGGCUGAUGUGUGGGGUGCCCAUCUAGAAGAAUCGGCAGGACUAGUCAGCUGGGAACGUUUCUCCUCUCUACAGCAGGCCCAGGGUCUGGUGUCCUGCCUUGGUGGACCAGUAUUAAGUGGAAUAUGCAGGAAAAUGUGCAAAGACAUUCGUCAUUGUAGAGGAGGACUCCCCGAUCUAGUGGUGUGGAACGUUCAGAAGAAAGUGUUUAAGCUGGUGGAGGUAAAGGGACCCAGCGAUCGUCUGUCACAUAAGCAAAUGGUUUGGCUGCAUGAACUGAAGAAGAUGGGAGCCGAUGUAGAAGUGUGCCAUGUUGUUGCAAUAGGGGCAAAGAGUAACAGACUGAAUUGACUACCCUACUGUACAUAUAUAUGUGUAUAUUAAAUGCUACUUUUCUUU